AUGGUUCGUCCCUCGAGGCCUUCCACCUCUCUCACCUCAGCUUCCACUUCCUACGCCUAUGGUGGUGGCUACAAUACUACAACGACCUCACGUCCUAGGACCCAACCAGGUACUGGCAGACCCUCGACUGCUCGACCUAGGACAGGUGUCUCGACGAUUGCUAGGGUAGAGAACCAGCAUGUCGUUUGCGCUAUUGCUGAAUCUCGUGGUAUCUCGCCUACAGUCGGGUUAGCGUUCGUCAACCUUGACCUUGCAGAGGCAGUUCUUUGUCAGAUAAACGACAGUCAAACCUACGUUCGGACCGUCCACAAACUGAAAGUGUAUGGCCCAUCAGAAAUCCUCAUCGUCGGCUCAGCUUCCAGUCCCAAGUCAAAGCUCUUCUCCAUCAUCGAAGAGAACCUUGAAGAUAUCGGCAGCAAAAUCACCUUACUUGACCGCCGCUACUGGAUUGACUCUACGGGUUACGAGUACAUUCAGACCUUGGCCUUCAGGGAGGAUGUCGAAGCUAUCAAGAUCUCAGUCCAGGGCAACUACUACGCUAUAUGCUGCAUUGCGGCUGCACUCAAGUAUAUCGAGCUCGGACUGAAAGCACAUUUCUCGUACCAUUCGCUGAGAAUGAGAUAUGAGCCAUCAGAAGGAUCUAUGAUGAUUGAUGUGUCCACCAUCCACUCUCUUGAGCUCGUGCAGAAUCUACAAAACCCAAAGUCGAAGGACUGUCUCUUUGGACUCCUCAAUGAAACCUUGACGGCAAUGGGAGCACGCCUCUUACGGAACAACAUCCUACAACCACUCACAGAUGCUGACGUACUGAACACUAGAUACCUUGCGGUUGAGGAGCUGACAACUAAGGAAGAGAUGUUCUUUGCUACACGAUCUGCCCUGAAGAAUUUUCUGGAUGCUGAUAGGAUCCUGACUGCUCUCAUCGUCAAGCCUAUCAAGCCGACGCUACAAACGACUGAACUUUCCAUAAAUCAAGUCAUCAUGCUGAAACAGUUCGUUUCAUCUGUCAAUCCAGUAUACGAAGCCCUUACCGGGGCAAGAUCAAGCAUGCUAAAUCACAUCCGAGAGCUUUGCGCGCCUGAGAACAUUUCUCCAGUUCGGGACUUGAUCGACGAAGUAAUUAACGAAGACACGACGUACGCAAAGCAGCCGCUUGAGCUGCGGAAUCAACGUACAUACGCCGUCAAAUCUGGCGUCAACGGCUUGCUUGAUGUUGCAAGAACCACCUACAAGGAGGCAUCAGAGGAUGCGUACCAACACUGUACUGAGCUUGGCCAGGAGUACGAAAUCCAGCUCGACCUGAAGUAUGAGAAUGCGCGUCAGUUCUACAUCAAGAUACCUGCGACCGAACUCGACGGUAGGGCACUUCCACCAGUGUUCACAAACGUUGUACGCCGAAAAAACAAUUUCGAAUGCCAAACCUUAGAGCUGAUGAAGCGCAAUCAAAAGAUCAAUAUGUCGCAUCACGAAGUCGUACUGAUGAGUGACCAGACCGUAGACGCUCUCAUUGAGGCUGUCCGCGGCCACAUGUCAGUCAUGUUCAAGAUUUGCGAGGCUGUCGGAUUGUUAGACAUGAUCGCAGCUUUCUCACAACUCGUAACCGUGAACGACUAUACCAAACCGCAACUCACCGAUACCCUUGCGAUCAAGUCCGGGAGGCAUCCAAUCAAAGAAAAGAUCAUGCCCAGCAAGUUCGUCCCAAACGAUGUCUACGCCACGCAGCAGACUCGUUUCCAGAUCAUUACUGGCUGCAACAUGAGUGGAAAGAGUACUUACAUUCGCACCAUCGCCUUGAUGUCUAUCAUGGCUCAAAUUGGCAGUUUCGUACCUGCAUCGUAUGCAUCAUUCCCAAUCUUGCACCAGCUCUUCGCCCGCCUGGGCAUGGACGAUAGCAUUGAGACGAAUGUGUCGACCUUUGCAGCCGAGAUGAGAGAGAUUGCAUUCAUCCUACGCAACAUAGACAGCCGCAGCAUGGCCAUUAUCGAUGAGCUCGGUCGCGGCACGAGUACUCGAGAUGGGUUGGCUAUUGCCUUGGCCAUCGCGGAAGCUCUCGUUUCUAGCAAAGCCCUUGUUUGGUUUGCAACUCACUUCAAAGACCUUGCCACAAUCAUGCAUGAGCGUGCUGGUGUACUCAACCUCCAUCUAGCCGUCAACCUAGAAAACGAGCAAAGCAUGACUAUGCUGUACAGAAUCUCUGAAGGCGCUGUUAAGGAGUCACAUUAUGGUUUGGCCCUCGCUCGAGUCGUACCGCUUCCACCAGGUUUGGUGGAUCAUGCGGCGGCUGUUUCGCAGAAGCUCGAGCGCCACAUGCUUCGCAAGAAGAAAAACUCUGAGAUUGUGCUUAGGGAGAAGCGACGCAAGCUCAUCCUGAAUCUCAAGGAGCACCUUGUGCAAGCACAGAAGGGUGUGCUAGAAGGCGAAGUGCUUACUGCAUGGCUCAAGGAGUUGCAAAAGGAGUUCGUCAAUCGUAUGACUGCACUUGAGACUGAGGCUGCCAGUAUGAGUUGCGAAACAGAUGAUGAAGCCGAACCAAUGGAAGGAACAAGACAGGCGUAUGAGCAGCAGCACAUUGCCACUUCUUCCAGAGCGCCCUCAGUCAUGAGCAUUUCGUCAAGGAUGACUUUGACAGAAUCAGAGUCCACCAUGAGAUCAGUGUCUGAGGUUUCUACUGUUUGAACAGUAUCAGGAAAUGAGCGCUAGAUCCCAUACUUCUCUUCUGCAAGAUGCGAAAAAGGUGGUGGAUGGGCAGCAGCCGACGUGUCAAGUUCCGAGUCACACCGAGGAGGGCUUCACCGUAUUAUGUCUGCUGCUCGCUGAGAUUACAAAGGUGUCAAGUCGUGGAUACAUAUAUAUCAAC